AUGCGGCUGCUCCAAAAUACUUUCGUAGGGCUUUGGCUGGCCUCCUCGGUGUUCGCCCAACUUCCCGGCAAUGGGGACCCUUCUCUCGAGGUGGCGGAUUGGCCGCCUGGCCCUGGCUCUUUGCUUGUUCCUCAACAACCCGACGCCGAACUCACCGCUAUGAUGUCGCAAGUCGACCCAGCGCGCGUUCAAGCCAUCAUCACAAAGCUUGUGUCCUUUGGAACCCGCAACACCAUGUCCAGCCAGACCGAUCCAAACCGCGGUAUCGGUGCUGCGCGGGACUGGAUUGCGGCUCAGAUGAGAACAUUCGCUGCGACAUCCGAAGGACGCAUGACUGUGGAUACUCCGUCUUAUAUUCAAGCUGCCAAGGGCAGCAUUCUUUUCCCGACGAAUAUCAGCAACGUCGUUGCAACAUUGAAGGGCUCGAUAGACCCCACUCGCAUCUAUGUCGUCUCGGGCCAUUACGACUCUCGCAACUCAAAUGUUUCUGAUUUCACCAAUGAUGCUCCAGGAGCGAAUGACGAUGGGUCCGGUGUCGCUGUUGCCAUGGAGCUUGCGCGCGUCAUGGCAACUCACAAACCAGGAGCUACCAUUAUGUUCGCUGCCGUCGCUGGAGAAGAGCAGAGCCUGUUUGGGAGUGCAUUUAUGGCAUCUACGCUUGCCAGCGACGGCGCCAAUGUCGAAGGCAUGCUAAAUAACGACAUCGUAGGCAGCUCGACGGGAGACGACGGCACCAAGGAUCCGUUCACUAUCCGAAUGUUUGCUCAAGGGAUACCUCCGACCGAAACACUUGCGCAAAUCCAAUCUCGUGUUAGCAUUGGCGCUGAGAAUGACUCGCCCAUCCGACAACUGGGCCGGUUCGUCGUCGAAGUUGCAUCCAACCCGGUAACACAAAUGAAUGUGCAAAUGGAAUAUCGUCCGGACCGCUAUCUAAGGGGCGGCGACCACGAGUCAUUCCUCGCUCACGGCUAUCCUGCUGUCCGCUUUACUGAGCCACGCGAGAAUUUUGCCCACCAGCACCAAAAUGUGCGCGUGCAGAACGGGGUUCAGUUUGGAGACCUGGUUGAAUUCUGCGACUUUGACUUCAAUGCGCGUGUCGCAAGGGUGAACGGCGUUGCUUUAUGGUCCCUCGCACAAGCACCAGGAACACCAAGAGGUUUAACGCUCGACACAAGCAUGCUCACCAAUAAUUCGACACUCAAAUGGACCCCAGACCCGUUGGCAGCGAGCUACGAGGUCGUUUGGCGAGCGAGCGAAGACACGAUGUGGACACAUGUGAUCCCGGUCGGCAAUGUGUCCUCGGCAACGAUUCUGUUGUCCAAAGACAAUGUGCAGUUUGGUGUUCGGGCGGUUGGCGCAAAUGGGUUUAAGAGUCCCGCUGCAUUCCAAGCGUUCUAG